AUGGCCGAUCGAGGACGUUUCCGUGGCGGAUUUGGAAGUGGCGCAGGUGGUCGCGGAGCCGGAGGUGACCGCGGACGAGGUGGACGUGGUCGUGGAGGUCGUGGUGGUCGAGGAGGACGUGCUGGCCGUGGAGGUGAGAAGGAAUCUGAGUGGGUUCCUGUAACGAAGCUUGGACGUCUCGUGAAAGAUGGAAAGAUCACAACUCUCGAGGAGAUUUACCUCAACUCUCUACCCAUCAAGUGCGGUCCCAGCCGGUUACCGCUCAAGGCCUUUGUGCGCUAUCGGAGUUCCAAGGCACGUUGGCUCGGAGUCAAUUGGCUCCAAAGAAGUUGUCACCGACUAUCCGUGGAGCUCAGUUGCCGCCAAGGGCUUGCUGUUAUCUGUGCGGAACGUGGUUACUGGGCUAAGGUAAGCAAGAUCGGGUCUUCCACCCGUUCCUGGUAG